GAUAUUAAGGACCUUGGAAUCUGGAAUCUGAAGAACCCUGCCAUUCGCUAGUUCCUGCAACAACAAGCACCAUCAAGGAUGGCUGGAGCAAACCUCUACAAUGUCACGGACGACAUCCCGUCCAAUUGGAGCGUCAUUGAAACCGUCGUACAGUGGACAACAUUCUCCAUCGGUUUUCCUCUGAUCUGUCUGUCCAUUUAUGCCAUGUACUUCCUGAUCAGAGCUGAUCACAUCGCUCCAGUCUAUGUUAUCAACCUUCUUAUUGCAGAUCUCAUUCAGAUCUGCACGAGGCCAUUCAACCUGUCUGGUACCUGGAAUAUGAUUGUAAUAUUUAUUGAAUUCUUUGGUAUCAGUGCGAGCAUUGGUUUCAUGGUAUGUGUUGCUCUGGAGAGAUAUCUUGUGAUUGCAUUUCCUCUCUGGUACCGUUUUCGUCGUAACAUCAAAUACUCGCUCAUAAUGUCCUCCGUUAUCUGGGUUAUCCCUUUCAUCCAAAUCUCCAUGUUGUACCUCACGCCGACUUUCGGGACGAAACUGAUUCUGUUUGCAGUUACCCUCCUCAUACCCUUCCCAUUGCUCAUAUUCUUCCUCGUGGGCACGUUGAAAGCUCUGUCCGUCUCCCUCUCUGUGCCAGCUGUCGAACAGAGACGGAUUAUUGGUACCCUGGCCCUUGUGCUGGGCAAUUACACAGUCCUGUUCCUACCCCUCAUCAUACAAUAUCUGAUAGCAGGGGUAACAGGCCAUAACAAUGUAGAGAUUGGGACGCUCUUUGAGAGAUUCAGCCCCCUUGUGGAUCCCCUACUCUAUGUGUUCAUGAGAAAGGGAGCGAAGGACACUCUGGCCUUCCCUGCGUCAACAAGCUCAUGGGUGCCGAGGAGCAGAGUCAGGUCACCAACACUAUGACCAUGACUGACAGUGUAGUAGAAGGCUCCAGGUAGGACAGAUGCAGGGAAAAGAACUGUAUCUGUAUUUUUU